AAUCACCCCCUCCACCACCACCUUCGCCAGAGCUACAGUGAGAGAGAGAUGCAAACGGGUGGACGAGCUAGUAAAUCAUUGGUACAGUAACUGUGAGAGAGCGAGAGAGACUUGAGCACCGAGCAAGCAAAGCAUACGAUCAGACAUCCCUCUGCUGGCGGCAAAAAAGUAACAGGAGAGAGAGAGAAAGAAAGGGAGGAAGAGGAAGAAGAAGGAAGAUGGGUCGGGGAAAGGUGGAGAUCAGGCGGAUCGAGAACAAGACAACCCGGCAGGUGACAUUCACCAAGCGCCGGAACGGGCUGCUCAAGAAAGCCUACGAGCUCUCGCUGCUCUGCGACGCCGAGGUCGCCCUCGUCAUCUUCUCCGGCGGCGGCCGCCUCUUCGAGUUCUCUAGCUCCUCAUGCAUGUACAAAAUACUUGAGAGAUACCGCACCUGCAACUACAACUCAACAGAAGCAACCCCUCCAGCAGAAAAUGAAAUAAAUUACCAAGAAUAUCUGAAGUUGAAGACCAGACUUGAAUAUCUUCAAAGUUCACAAAGAAAUAUUCUCGGUGAGGAUCUGGGCCCACUUAGCAUGAGGGAGCUUGAGCAAAUUGAGAACCAAAUAGACAUAUCUCUCAAGCAUAUCAGGACAAGAAAGAAUAAAGUAUUACUUGAUGAGUUAUAUGACCAGAAAAGUAAGGAGCAAGAGUUGCUGGAUCAAAACAAAGACCUGAGGAGGAAGUUGCAAGACAUCAGCUGUGCCGAGAAUGCGCUCCAUAUGUCAUGGCAAGAUGGAGGGCAUGCCAUCGAGACUACUUAUCCGGGACUGCUGCAACGCCCGGAACAUGAUUCCUCCAUGCAAAUUGGAACCUGAGUGUUGGAUCGGUCCAAAAUUGAAGUGAUUUCUUUUCCUAUGUGAAGGUACCAUCAGACCAGCAUGGACCAGCUGAACAACGAAGACAUGGCUCCACAGCGCCUUGAUGGACACCUUGGAUCGUCUGCAGGUUGGAUAUGAUCAGUUCAGACGAUGAGACAGGCAUGAUUCAACACGUAUUUCUUGUAAUGGUCUGGCGUUGCCUCCCGUGUAUGUAGCUAAGUGUGCUUGGACUUGAGUGUCACUUGUUAUAUUGUGUGCUGGACUUGUGGUGAUUAAUAGAGGUAGCAUAUGUAUGGAUCAAAAUACUUGUGCUAAGCAGAGUGGCACACGUUUCUAUUUGUUUAGCCCA